CUCAGCCCGAGCCGAGCAUGGGAGGCGGCUGCGAGCUGCAGGCGGCACACAGCUCCCGGAGACUGGCACUGCCUGGCAUGGGCGAGGGGUCCCCCCCGGCCGCUCUGUGAUUGCCAUGUCUCCCACUCCCCGGCUCUCCAGCCAGGAUGGGCAGCGCUGUUUCCAAACGGAAGAACCCGCGGGGCAAUGCCAUUUGCUCGGCUGAAUCCAAGGUCAGAGCAGCGCAAGCUUUCAGAGAGUAUCUGUCGCAGACUGAGCCUAGCACCAGUAGCACCAAGGCAUCAGAUCACCUGGUGGCUGAGACCUUGAUGGACCCGGAGGAUUCCUCGGAGAUCCAACAGCCCGCCCAGAACAAGCGCCGCCUCUCCAUGAUCUCUCAGGGAAGGUUCGACCGCAGUUUUUCGGAGGAAGGGUCGGAGAAGCCGGCCGACGGCCAGAAGCCGCGGGUCUACACCAUCUCGGGCGAGAGCCAGUUGCUGUCAGAGAGGGAGGCGGAGACCGAGGGGACGGUGGCAGCGGCGGCGAGCACCCCCGGCAAGGAGGCGCGGCCCCCGAAGGCGGCCGGAGGUGGAGGUGCAGGUGGAGUGCGCUGCAGGAGCUGGGCGGGCAGCAGGCAGAGCUCCAGGGAGUGCCCGGGCUGUGCGAAGGGCGCGGGCUCCUCGCAGCUGCUGACCGUUGAGGGCGAGCACGUGCAGGGGCGCGAGGCCGCCCGCCACCGCAAGAAGCUCGAGCGCAUGUACAGCAUGGACAGAGUGUCCGAUGAUGUCCCAAUUCGGACUUGGUUCCCAAAGGAAAACCUCUUCAACUUUCAGACAGCAACCACCACAAUGCAGGCAAUAUCGGCUUUCCGGGGCUGCAUGGAAAGGAAGAGGAGGAAGCGGGAGAACGAAUGUGCCACUGUGAUCCAGAGAAAUUUCCGCAAACAUCUUCGAAUGGUUGGGAGUCGAAGAAUCAGAGUGCAAAGUCUUUCUGAGCGACAAGAGAAGAGUUUUGGUCGCUCCUGGAGUGAUCCCACACCAGUGAAAUCUGAUGUGAUUGGUGAACCUCGAGAAAGUCAGGAGUUGCAGAGCUCGUGCUGCGCUUUAGAUGAUGACUUUGAUGAUCUCAACUGGGAAGCGGAGAAGGAGCUUGAGCUGCUGUCAUGUGAUGGUGAAGGCUUUGUUCCGCCCAAGAUCAUGCUCAUUUCAUCCAAAGUCCCCAAGGCAGAGUACAUCCCAACCAUCAUUCGCAGAAAUGACCCUUCUGUCAUCCCCAUCCUCUACGACCAUGAGCAUGCUGUUUUUGAUGACAUCUUAGAGGAGAUUGAGAAAAAGCUGAAUGCCUAUCGGAAGGGCUGCAAGAUCUGGAAGCUGCUGAUCUUCUGCCAGGGGGGACCUGGCCACUUGUACUUGCUGAAGAACAAGGUCGCCACUUUUGCCAAAGUAGAAAAAGAGGAAGACAUGAUCUUGUUUUGGAAGAGGCUGAGCAGAUUGAUGAGCAAGAUCAACCCAGAGCCAAAUGUGAUCCAUAUAAUGGGCUGCUAUAUCCUGGGAAAUCCCAAUGGGGAAAAGCUUUUUCGGAGCUUAGCUACCUUGAUGACUCCUCACCGAAUAUCCUUUGAAUCUCCGUUGGAGCUUUCAGCACAAGGGAAGCGGAUGAUCGAGACAUACUUUGACUUCCGUCUGUAUAGACUGUGGAAAUCCAGGCAGCAUUCAAAGCUACUGGACUAUGAUGACAUCUUGUGAGGCAUGAGAAAGCUCAGAAUUGGAAUAAUCACUUGUAAACGCUCUUAUCGAGAACGACGUCUCCUCAGUUCUGGAGGCAAAUAGAGGGUCUCGGAAGCGAUUGAGAAGAGGCAGAAAACAUCUCUGUUAUGUCUUGUUCCGACAAAGAAAGGCUUAAUGGAAGUCGAGAGAAGAAUGGCGUGGAGAUGUUAGGGCCCUUUUCUCUUUGAAUAGAAGGAUCAGGAAUCAGAAUUUUUAUUUCUGCGGAAUGUUGCCAAUUCAGGUCAAAAGAAGUGAGUUCAGGGUAUUUUUUAUUUCAUCCUGAACUCCUUACGCAAAAGACAGGACUGAAUAGUUAGUUGUUGGAAUCCUGGGAAAACCAGAGAGUGCUAAAUAAGAUUCUUUGAAGGUUCUAGCGAUGGAAAAUUCUAAAUUACCCACAGGCCUGAUCUGAAAACUGUGCGCAGACUGGGGUGUCUGUGAGAUGUCCUUGAGGACCUCCAUGUGAAGGCAGACUUCAUGAAAGAUAAAAGCUGAAGUUUUUUUUUAAUUAUUGAAUAUAGGAACAUUGGAUUUUUAAUUGAGUAGUGCUAAUUAUAAGAGUUAGUGGCUAAGAGUGUCUCAGUAGUUAGGAGGAUAUUUCAUCAAUUUGGCAGUAUGAUGUAAUGGAUUCCGUUAACAUUGCCUUCAGUUUGUGCUCAAGCAGUAAUAAUAAGCAUGAAAGGAAACAAUUUCUUUGUUCACAACAUUCUAAGUCUGACCCUCCAGUUGGAAGCAUCAAAGGGUGAUGAAGUAACCUCAUAGUUCUUACUGUGUGGAAUACAGUUUUAAUAUUUGUGUGUCUAACAAGUAUUCCAGAGUAACGGUGACACCUACUCCAGGUUUUAUUGCGUUUUUAGCAACACUGAUUGAAGGUGGACCAUAAUGAUCAUGAGGAAUCAAAAAUUAUUUUAGUGGGUAAAAUGAUUAAUAAAAGGAUUGCCUGUGGGAGGAGCUGGGUGCAAUCAACAUCUGUUCUGAACACCAGCACCAUGCUUUCAUCUGCUUUGGAGAUAGUCUUUUUUGUCCAGUUGGGGAUUCAUUGCAACUUGAGGAUAGCUUGGUUGCUUUGUUGAAGGUCUGAGUGAGCUGUUGACAUUUAUUGAUUGACACACUGGCCUUGAUUUCAUUUGAAGGUCAUUUAUACUCCAUAAUAUAGUCAUGGGAAAAAGGAUUCUUAAAGUGACUGCUUAUCAUUAUUGUGGAAAUCUUUUAUUAUUCUGAUCUAGGUUAGGUUGUCAAGUUUAGAAACUGCCCCUUUAUUAAGAUAUUGCUAUAGCCUGAGGUCUUUUAGUGAAGAAUAUUCCAGUGUGUGUUCCAUUGUAGUUGUAUUUGAAGGGGAAAUUCUCAAACUCAUUUCCAAUAGCUGUCUUUCAGGUAACUCCUUCUGCUCUUCUGGUGAGAUUUAAGCAGUAAGGUCCUGAUUUUUCUUUCAGCAAAAUUAUCCAACACUUAAGCUCAUCUCCAUGCCAAACUGUAUCUGUUGUGUUCACAGGUUCAGUGAAAGCUAAUUAUAUUAACCUCCUGAGGCCCAAUACAUGCCAUGAGCAUCAAACUGGUUUCUUAAUCACAGUUUUCUUCAAUACAUCCUUUGUCAAACACUAUGAUAUUGCUGUGAGGUUAUGGCAGAUGAUCUUUCCCACUACUUUAAUGGCAGUUAGUCCUUUUGAAGAAAAUAUCAGAUAGGCAUGUUAAGUGUUUAUAUACAAAUAAAAUUCAACAUAAUUGCUCACCAGUAAUCAAUGAAACUAAAUAUAUAAAACUGAAAGCAUUGGAAGCAAUGUACAAACACAAGAAUCACAAAUGAAUUGGAGAUGUGGAAGACCAUUCACUCCACCUUAAUUAAUCCCUCCAAAGGCAUCCAGACAUGCUUCAUGUUAGUGUCAAGUCGAUUCUUUAACUAAUUUCAGGGUUUCCCUGAGGAAGGCCCAUUACAAGCAUUGAAAACAUUUCGUCACAAUAAUCAGUCUCAGGAAUUAAAUUUCCUCCAGAAAUAUUAAUGUGAAAUCUGUAGAAACCUGGAGAGGUGGCAUGAACACUGCUAAUGCUGUUUGUCCAGGAAUUAGAAUGGACCUUCUAUUAGAAUGAAAGUAGACAAUCAGGAGACAUGAACUCCCCCUGGAUAUUCAUGCUUUUAAAUUUACCUUUUACUCAUCUAACCCUAAGGCUAAAUGACCUACUUCUACAAUUUAAGUGAAUGUAACAUUGCAGAUUUAACUGAUGCACUCUGCUGUUGUUCCCCUCUCUAAUCUCUUACAGUACCUCACUGACAACUGGGUCACUGCCAACAAUAUAGGGACUUGUCCGUUUAUGGGAAGUGCUGGAUGAACUUGGUGUUUAAAAUGAGUACUUUUCUCCCCCCUAGCUAAUUCCAUGAAUUAUUGAUGAUGUCCAUCAUUAUGGAAGGAGACCUCAGAAGUUGAGCCUGAUGUCCCUCCCACCCAUCUUUAAUCUUGGCAAAAUGGUACCCUUAGCUUGGAGAAAGGAGUUAAAUCAUUUUGUAAAUGAUUUAACAUGAUGAUCCUGGAGUUCCCUCAUUUCAUUACUGCCUGCAUUGAAUGUAAAUUAACUCAUGGCUUACUGCUGCUCAGCACUGAGGCCUGCGCAGUUGCUAAAUUCAUAUCUUAAUGGUUUCAUCCUUAAAUUUAAUACUGACCCAAUGGUCUGAAAGUUGAUUAAUACCUACAACAAACCUUUCAAGAUUGAAUUAGACUGUUUUUUGCAAAAUUGUACUUUUAUUGAUUUAUCUUAAUUGUCAAUAUUAAGCUAAUUCUUAUGCAGGUUCGGUGCAGAGUAGUUGAUGAGUGCAAUCUUACGAAUUGACUUAGCUGAUGACAAGCCAAAUGAACCCAUCUGACCCCAGGAAAGAUAUGCUCAUAUAAUGAUAAUCACAGCCAAUGUUUGGUUAGAAGAAGGAGAUGUACCUUUUGUAGAAACCUUCACAACAUCCAUACUGAAUAAUCGAAUUGUGAUAUGAGUGCAGCAAGAUUGUGGGGAUUUAUUGUGCCUAGAUCAGUAGGAGAUCAUGCAUUCUGUAUGUCUGCAUUAUAUCGAUUAUAUCAUAAAAAACACGCGCACGUACAUCAAUGGUAGAUGUGUACCCUCGUGGGCAGAAUGCAAAUUUUUAAGCCUGUUUGACUGAUUGUUGAAGCUGAAUUUUUUAAUUAUUAAACUAGAUUGACAAGGAUAGAAACACAUUAAAUUCACUUUAUGAAGCCAUACUUUGUUAAAUUGCCAGCAUAAGGGUUAUUGCAUUGAGUGACUCUGUUGGUCUUGAUAGCCUGAUAUAUAAUGCUGAUGAUUCUUGAAUUCUUGUCAGUUAUGUAGUACGACAAUCUUUAUUAUAAUAAAUAGGACUAGCACUUGAGGAGUUAAACAUUAACUGUAUAGUUCUAGAAGAAGGAAAAUGAAUUUAUAUUUAAUGAAUUUUGUUGGGGGUGGGUGAAGUAGACUGGAGAUGGCAGUCACAAGUGGAACUUCUAAACCAAUUCUAAGGGUGCUGUGCACAGUACAAACAUUCAUGCUGACAGGUGCUGUCUGUGAGCCCUUAUAAUGCAUUGAAAUCUAUUGAUGUGUGUUGGUGACAGUACACCUCAGCAAAAUAUCAUUUAAUUGCACUUAAUUGGAUACCUGUAACUGCUUUACCACUGACAUUAUCACUGACUACAAUUUCAGAUAUUCUGUUAAGAGUUGACCUAGUUUUGAAAGAACAAACUUCUCCACUAUGGAGCUUAGUGCUGUUUUGUGUUCUAGUGUAAGUGGCUCAGCACUCUCCUUCAAACUCCCUCUAUCCAACCACCCAUCCAACACCUUUUCACUUAACCAUUCACAUCUCUCUACCCAUUGUUCCUACUACUCCAACAGCCCCACCCCCCC